CACCGAUUGUGCCUGAUCAGCUCAACACUCGGUAGUACUAACCGACGACGGAGAGAGCAUCCGAGAACGCUGUUAUCAGUAGGUCAGCAGCCGGCCAGCUGACAGGAUGCAUCUGCUUGGAACGUUCCUCGCUUGUCUCGUCACCGUCGCGGUGGUGUUCGCUGAUCGGUUGAACAUAUGUCAGGAUCAGUUCAAGGUACGGGAAGGAUUCUACGUGUACAACACUGGCUGCCUAGAUUUCGAAGAGGCUGACCUAGCGGCAGCGAGUUUCAACGAGGAUCGUGAGGUGUGGGUCCGGAAUGGGACGAUUGAAGAUAUCGGCCGACUACUGAACGGAAGCUUGUACAACAUCACAAACUUGAAGAUAACCAACAUGGCUGCCGAAGGCAGCACACCAAUCCCGGUGUUUCCCAUCGACUCGGCACGAUUUUCCAUCCUGGAUUUGGAGAAUAACGGAAUUGAGCAACUGAACAUCAGCGAGGCAGAUUAUCGACUAACACAUUUGGAUGUUCGAAGAAACAAACUGACGGAGUUGAGUAAUAUUUCGCUGCUGAAGAAACUGCAGGCCUUGAAAGCUGACGGCAAUUCCAUUGAAAGUAUUUCACUGGAUGAUUUCGGAGACCUUGAGGACUUGGUAGUUUUGUCGUUAGCGAACAACCGAAUCAACAGUAUCACCACAUCCAAGAAUAUUACUCUGCUAAAACUUCGUUCCUUGGACAUAUCCAAGAAUCACCUCACAAGUUUGGACGUCUCAUCGUGGCAAUUCCCUCAACUUGGAACCUUCUACAUGCACGACAAUUCGAUAACCAACAAAAUUCACGGUCUGCGCGGAAAGUUUCCCAAAGCCUGGGAAAUUGCGAUGGGUGGCAGCAACAAUUGGGACUGCGAUUGGUUCGACCGAUUGUUGGCGUUCCUGAAGCAAGACCGUCAGUUCGCGAUGCAAAUGUUUGGUGACGAACCCCAGUGUCCGGAUCAGUCCCGAAUGGAUGGCUUUAUUUGCUGCCAAAACUCAACUAAUCAAGUGAAUAAGAACUAAUGUAGUAAAACUAUCAAUAAAGUGCCAUCGAACGAA